AUAAAAAAAAAAUAGUUUAAUUUAAAAAAAAAAAAAAUUGAAAAUAGCAUGAGAAUUAUCUCAAAACUUAAUUUAUUUCGAUUCAUCAUGUGGCUCAUAAAUUCAAACGAAAGGAUCCUGAUUGUAUUGCUGAUGCUGUUUGCGAUCGUUAAAGAUUUAUCUGCAUUUCAGCCGGAAUUCGUGGAAGCGAUAACAAAUGUAUCUGUUGCAGUUGGAAGGGAUGCGACAUUUACGUGCAAUGUCCGACAUUUGGGUGGAUAUCGGGUUGGCUGGUUGAAGGCGGACACAAAAGCCAUUCAGGCGAUACACGAGCACGUCAUAACUCAUAAUCCACGCGUUGGUGUAACUCACUUGGACCAGAAUACCUGGAAUUUGCACAUUAAAGCCGUCUCCGAGGAAGAUCGUGGCGGCUACAUGUGUCAACUGAAUACAGACCCGAUGAAGAGUCAGAUUGGAUACUUGGACGUGGUCAUUCCACCAGAUUUUGUUGCAGAAGAUACCUCAUCAGAUGUUAUUGUUCCGGAAGGUAGUUCCGUUAAAUUGACCUGUCGUGCCCAAGGUUAUCCGGAACCAAUUGUGACAUGGCGUAGAGAAGAUGGCAACGAAAUAGUUCUAAAGGAUAAUAUGGGUACAAAAACCCAAGUUGCAUCAUUUCGAGGCGAAGUGUUAAAACUGACAAAAAUCUCACGUAGUGAAAUGGGUUCGUAUCUCUGCAUUGCAUCAAAUGGAGUACCACCAUCGGUUUCAAAAAGAAUUUCCCUCAGCAUACACUUUCAUCCUGUCAUCCAAGUACCAAAUCAAUUAGUUGGGGCACCGCUUGGCACUGAUGUUCAGAUCGAAUGUCACGUAGAGGCCUCACCAAAAUCAAUUAACUACUGGAUUAAGGAUACUGGUGAAAUGAUUGUAUCUUCAACCAAAUAUCACGUACAAGAGCAUUCGAAAUCAAUGUAUGAAACCAAAAUGACAAUGAUUGUGCGGAAAUUCCAAAAAGAAGAUGUCGGCUCAUAUCGUUGCAUAGCGAAAAAUUCACUGGGUGAAGUUGACAGCAGUAUACGACUUUACGAAAUCCCUGGACCAAGUCGUAAAAAUCCUUCCACCAAACACGGCAUCGAAACAAAUGACAUCCUUAAACCGAAACAGGUGAAGGUGACAUAUCAGACUGCCGAUGGCGGCGGCUUGGAUCUAGACGGUGACGGCGAGGACGACGAAGAUGACGAGGACCUCUAUGGAUCGGCGGAGGAUUUCGAAGAUGGUGAUAUACCUCCCAAUGUAUAUUUUCACGGUAAGCCCACACAUAAGCCCUCAUCUGGGGACAGCACGCGACAUCAUCAUGGUGCAGGAGGAGGAGGCAAUGGUAAUAAUAUUGGCGGUGGUGGUGGCCUAAUGGACUUUGCCGGAGGAGCUGGAUCAAGUGGAGCCAACUCCAUUGGAACAGCGACAAGAAAACCAACAUUUUAUGGCUUGCCCGAGGUGGUGAGGGGUGCUAUGGACAAUAACGAGUUGACAUCAAGGAGCUCAUCGCGACUAAGGCUUUCUGCAUUGCUAACAAUGCUGGCGACGAUGGUUCCUAGUUUAAUAGCGGGAUUUUUGAAUUUAUAAUACCGAAUGGUACUUAGGCUAGGAACACAAUAUUAUUUUCAAAAAAAUAUACUGUUAUAUAUUACAUACACUUUUGUUGUGCUGUUUGUUGUUGUGUUCUAUACGACGAUGAGCGAGGUUGCCCCUAAUAUAAGUGUUGUUGUGUUGGUGUGAUUUUUUUUCUUUUAAGUUUUUUUUUUUUUGUAUUUUUUUGUUUUAGUGAAUGAGAGUAGAGUAUGAAUGGAAAAUAUAAAUAUAUAUAUAGCUAUAGCCUCUGAUGCGUCUCUAGGUAUAGGCGUAUUUUUACUUUUGUUUUUAUUUUUGAAAAUUUUAUACUAAGGCAGAAACAAUAAUGUA